AUGGCGCUUGCGGUAGCGCUCCUCCUCGUCGCCCUCGGCCCCUCCCCUGCCACCGGUGCCACCCGCCGUAUCGCCUUUGGCACCAUCGCCGGGCCGUCGGCCACCGCUGCCAUCGGCCCGCCGCUCGCCGCUGGCCCGCACACCGCCGACCUGUGCGCCACGGCUGUGGCCCUCGCCGUGUCCUUCCCGGCCGGACUCACGACAUUGACUGGUCACCGCUGGUUCCACCCGGACUCGGCCCUCACUCUGGCUGCCGUCAACGCCUCGGCCGCCGUCGGCCUCUCCGUCACUGCCGCCGCCUCCGCCCCGCUGCCGCCCUGGACCGCCGCCGCCGAUCCGUGGCUCUGGACGCCCGCCGGCCCGCCGCACAACGUCUCGCUGCCGCUGACGGCUGACGGCGCCGCCGCCGUGUCUCUCUCCGGCGCGGCAGUGCAGGAUCUGCUGGGCGAUGGCGACACGAACGCGCCCGGCGGGCUACAGGCUGGGCUGGUGAUCGUGCUGCGCGCCGACUGCGCGCCCGGCGAUCAUGCCGUCGUCACUCUCGACCCGCUGCCUGUCCUGCGGGUCGCCUACUACGAGGUGUGCCCAAAGCUGGCACUGGCUGGUGGCGCGAUCGCCCAAAAUCCGCUGACGGGUGCGGCGCUCGCGGCUGCUGGCGAUAGCCUCGACCUGGUGUGCGAGCCGGGCCAAGCACUGGAUGGGCCCGAUGGCCCAGGCAGCGGCCCGGACCAGAUCUCUGUCACCUGCACAUCCACUGGCGAGUAUGUGCCUCAACCGCCUGAGGCCUGUGCGCCGGCGCCGUGUCCGCCACACUCGAGCCGUGACGAGUGCGGCGUGUGCGCCGGUGCCGGCACGGGACGCGUUGCCAACGCCGACCUCGACGCGUGCGGCGUGUGCUUUGGCGGCCACGCCGCACUCGAUGAUUGUGGCGUGUGCUUUGGCGGCAAUGCGGCCAAGGAUGCGUGCGGCGUGUGCUUUGGUGAUGGCUCGGCGUGUGCUGGAUGCGACGGCGUGCCACACUCGAGCGCGCGCCGCGAUGUUUGUGGCGUGUGCGGUGGCGAUGGGACAGGGUGUGCCGGAUGUGACGGUGUGCCGACUCCGCUUGGUGGUGCUAUCUACGACGGGUGCGGGGUGUGCGGCGGACACUCGGGCAUCGGCUCGUGCAUCUCGUCAUGCGCCGCGCCCGGCGAGCCGCAUGCGAUCUACGACUGCGCCGGCAUCUGCGGCGGGAGCGCGUUCCUCGACGAGUGCGGGACGUGCGUCAGCGGGACGACCGGCCUGGCACCGGGCGUCUUUCGCGACGAGUGCGGGAUUUGCUUUGGCGGCGGCGCAGCCAAGGACACUUGCGGGGUGUGCCAUGGUGGCGACCGCAACCGUGACUCUUGCGGAGUGUGCUUUGGUCGCGACGCAGCCCGCGAUGAGUGCGGCCGGUGCUGGGCCAACGGCGCGACCAAGGACCAGUGUGGCGUGUGCGAGGGGAACUCGACAUCGUGUGCGGGAUGCGACAUGGUGCCGGACUCGGGCAUGGUGGUUGAUGUCUGUGGGGUGUGCGGCGGCGACGAUGGGUGUGUGCCGAGCGCCGCCCCGCAACGCAGCAGCAGCACAAUCUCUGGCGCGUUGGCCACCACCAUGGCUGUUAGCACCUUUGCUUGUGCUUGCCUCAUCACUGCCACCGUCACCGUCAUCUUCCUCUCCCGGUCGCGGGCCAAGACAGCAACUGACCCGACCUCGUCCGAGAUGUGGGAGAUGCGCAUGACCAAUGCACCUGUUGGCCGGGUUGUAGUCAUGGUCACCGACGUCGACGGCUCACCGGCGCUCUGGGAGGAGUUGCCGGGCGAGAUGGAGGUUGCCAUGCAGCUGCAUGACUCGUGUAUCCGGGAGAUUGUAGCCCAGGCCGGCGGGUACGAGACCAACUCGGACGGUGACUCGUUUGUCUUUGUCUUUCCUCUUUCUGCUGCCUCGGACGUCGUCGCGGCCUCGGUCCUCAUCCAAGACGCACUUGUCAAGCUCGAUUGGCCGCGGCCCAUUCUCACCCACGACGUCUGCCCGUCGCAGCUCCGCCGUUCCCGCAACUCGUCGUCGUACGGUUUGCUGCAGUAUGUGUGGCGUGGACUCCGGGUCCGCAUUGGUCUCCACGCCUGCUCGCCGAUGCACACCAUCGACGAGGACACACAUCACAUCCACUACAUUGGCGACUGCAUGCACCAUGCUGAUGCCAUCGCCAUGGCUGCCGAGCCCGGUCAGAUUGUUAUGUCCAGCGAGAUGCGCGCGGCGCUGCCGACGGUUCUCCCACCGGGCCUUAUCGCAUCAUGGAUCUCGUCGUUCUCGUUUAUCGAGGCCGACGAUGUCAAGUUUGACAUCUUCUCGCUCGUCUCGCUCUCAUCGGUCACAUCCGAGCGGUACUACGGGAGCUCGGCGUCCGAGCUCCCAACUCAGACCGAGGAGUAUCCAUCGACCUUUGUGGCGUCGGGCGUCGCCGUCACUGUCACCACCCACGAUGACGACGUCGGAGGCGACGUCUCGCACGCCUCGCGCACGUGUCCAGGGCCCGAUGGCCUGUAUACCUCGAGCGAGAAGCCACGAUGUGGUGCAGGUGCCAGCUCAUCGACGCACGAACCGCUGGGCAAGUCAAGCCAGUCUUUGUUAACGUCAUCAUCGUCGUUGUCGUUAUCGUCGUCGUCGUCGUCGACCAUGUUUGAGUCGUCACAGGUUGGUGGGUGGUACCACCAGUCGCUGUCCCACUGCGAUUCGGCCAAGUCCAACGAAGAGCGACUGAACUCGACGAUGGCGGAUCUGGAGACACCUCCGUCCCUCCGCGAACCGCCGUCACUCGGAUCGCCCGAGUGGCUGGCGACAAAGAAGACGACACAGCUAUGGGGCGAGCCACGUGUGUGCUCCGAGUCAUCCGACUCGUUCUCGGAUGCAUACAGUACGUCGGUGAUCCGGUCGCAUGGUGUGGAGUCAUUGCCGUCUUUCUCAGGAACGUCGGAAACUCGCAAGGUGUCGCUGCAGCGGCUUGUGCUGGAGCGAACGAAGCAGAGGAUCACGACGGCGCAGAGAGCACGGGCGGCACAGCGAUCCCGGCGGCGCAAGCGCCUGCGCCGAACUUCGUCAACAGGGCGGCUUGGUGACGUGCUCGAAGAGGUUGCCCUCGACACUUUGGUUCAAACCUCGCGCACCGGGAGCUCGCCACCGCAGAAGCCAGCGCUCCUAGGUCAGUUUGGCUCGGACGCGUCGUCUGUGUCGUCGCUCUCGCAGACCUCAUCGAUGUACUCUGUUAGCCGGCCUCCGACGCUCAUGUACCGCACCACCUCGAUUGCCGACCGCAUUGCCCGCCACGUGUCACAGCGCGAUGGAGGCAUCCACUCGGCCACGGCCGAGUCGGACGGAUGGGACGCAUCGGACGGAUGGGACGCAUCGGACGGAUGGGACGCAUCGGACGGAUGGGACGCAUCGGACGGAUGGGACGCAUCGGACGGAUGGGACGCAUCGGACGGAUGGGACGCAUCGGACGGAUGGGACGCAUCGGACGGAUGGGACGCAUCGGACGGAUGGGACGCAUCGGACGGAUGGGACGCAUCGGACGCAUCGGACGGGCCAGACGGGCCGACCAGGUCGAACGAGUGGGGUGCGUGA